AUGGAACAGUUCUUCAAACGCAUCCUGGUGUUGGAAGCUUGUGGUGCGAUUGCGACGCAUUUAUGGCUUCAACGCUCAGAACCAUCGUCCUUGCUCCUGGUGUCCUCCGUACUUGCUUUGGUUCCAUUUUUUCCUUUCCUCGUCUUCUCCCCAAGUCUUGCCUCACCGAUAUCCGGGAUGUUUUUGUCUUACUCAGUAUACAGCGUGACGCUGGCUACCUCUGUCGUUGCCUACCGCAUUUCUCCCUUGCAUCCACUUUCGCAGCAUCCAGGCCCUCUCAUGUGCAAGAUUACCAAGUUAUGGGGUGUCUGGGUUGCCUUAAAAGGGGACACACACUUGUAUCAUAAAUUGCUCCAUGAUAAAUAUGGUCCGACCGUCAGAAUAGGGCCCAAUGAAUUGUCCACUAUAGACAAGGAUUUCAUCCCCUUCGUUCUGGGAAGCCAAGGCAUGCCGAAAGGACAAUUAUGGGAUGGAAGACGCUUUGCUCAAGCGAAGAACGGAAAUGAGUACGACAGCCUGAUUGAUGUACGAGAUCUUCAAAUACAUGCGCAACUCCGGAAGGCAUGGAACAAGGCAUUCGCCCCGAGCUCGAUGCACGAUUACGAGGAAUUCCUCGACCCCCGCGUUGCCCAAUUGGGAGACCAUUUGGCACAUGCUUGUAAAGAUGGGAGCGGCCAUCUCGUGCAUGUGGAUCUUGCGAAAUGGAUCAGCUUCUUCGCGUUUGACUUGAUGGGCGAUAUUGCGUUUGGAGGUUGUUUUGAACUCAUGCGUGAUGGCGACAAGGAAGGCUUAUGGAAAAAUAUGGAAUCCGGCCUUUACCUACCGAGCAUCACCCAGCAUGUUCCUUGGAUCGCCGUGGCGUUACGAUCUCUCCCAUUUUUCGGUUCAGGAAUGCAAGCCCUUACACAGUUUGGCGUUUUCCAUGCGAAACGACGCGCAGCCUUGGAAAUGAAAAAUAAGGAUCUGUUUUACCAUCUUCUCGAAGCGUCAAACACUUCUUCAACCUCUGUUGAAGAACAGUUUCCGAUAAUCGUCGGCAACGCUAUUCUAACGAUCGUAGCAGGCUCAGACACGACGGCUUCUGUCAUGAGUAGCAUCAUCUGCUACCUCCUUAGUCAUCCCGACGUGUAUAAGCGCUUGCGAGACGAGCUUGAUCAUGCUUUCCCGUAUGUUGAUGCUGACGGUGUGCCUGUCAUCGAAACCGAGAAGCUAUCGAGUUUGAACCUGUUAAACGCUGUUAUCAAUGAGACGUUGCGCCUCCUCCCCGCAAUACCAACAUCAUUGCAGAGAGCUCCAGCAAGAGGCAGCGGUGGCAAGAUGCUCGGUAACAGCUUUUUUAUUCCCGAAGGCACUGGCAUACAAGUCCCACCAUAUGUCCUUCACCGUGACCCCCGAUAUUUUUCGCCCGACCCCGAAGCAUUCAUCCCCGAUAGAUGGCUUACACCCUCAAAGAACGGGAAAGAUAGCCAGGCCCCCGAAUUCUUAACCACGAAAGAUGCUUUCAUUCCAUUUUCAUAUGGCCCAGCAAAUUGUGCAGGAAAAUCUUUGGCUCUGACGGAGAUGAGAGCUGUCAUAACUCUUUUGCUGAAGAGAUUUGACCUGGGCUUCGAAAGCAAAGACAGCUUAGAAGUACAACGCGUAAAGUGGGAGAGUCAGAUGAAGGACAGAUUUGUCUUCACGAAGGGUAAGCUACCAAUUUGGUUGAAGGAGAGGAGGUUGUAA